CCCUUUCUCAUUGCCUUGCUUUCAAAUUCAAUAACCAAAAUUCCCUUUUAACCUUUUUUUAUUUUCCCAGUUUGAGGUCAAAAGCUUCUUCGUGUGCCUGCAGAGUUCUCAAAAACCCUAGCCCAAAUAGGCAAUUUAUUUUUAUUUUUAUUAUUUUCUUUUUCUGUCAUCUUCUGGAAACUCAACAUUCAGAGACAGAACAAAAGAGCCCAAUUUCUUCAUACUGCUUGCGGUAACAAAAACCAUGCAGUUAUAUCACCACCCAUUCUCAUUGGACAGCCAAAGAGUGAGAUUUGCUUUGGAGGAAAAAGGCAUUGAUUAUACAUCAUUCCAUGUCAAUCCUGUAACAGGCAAGAACAUGGAUGCCUCAUUCUUCAGGAUGAAUCCGACCGCAAAACUCCCGGUUUUCCAGAACGGCGGCCAUGUCAUUUUCGACACGAUUGAGAUCAUUCAAUAUUUAGAAAAAAUUGCAAAAGUCUCAUCAGGCGAUGAGAACAUCCCAUUAAGCAGCAGUGAAGUCAUUGAAUGGAUGCAUAAGAUACAAAAAUGGAACCCCAAGUUUUUCACACUUUGUCACAUCCCAGAGAAGCACCGUCGUUAUGUCUCUAAAUUCCUAAGGCAGGUGCUCAUUGCUCGAAUGGCAGAAACUCCUGAUUUGGCAGCUGAUUAUCACAAGAAGUUAAAAGAAGCAUAUGAGACGGAAGAAAAGUUGAAAAACCCGGAUGUUUUGAAACAGGACAAGGAACACCUAGUAAGACUUCUUGAUGAAGUUGAAACACAGCUGAAUGUGAUCUUGAAUUUGGAGGAUGAGUAUAUAGGUGGCCGGCCGAACAUGGCUAAAUACUGGAUCAUGGUGCAGCAGAGGCCUAGUUAUAAGAAGGUGAUUGGGAAGCAUUUCUGUGGCUGGAGGAAGCACAAAACAUUCGUGAAAACAUGGUGCAUAGUUCACAUCAGAACCAUGCUAAGGAAAUUCUGAUGAAUUAUGCAUGGUAUUCUUCCCAUGCUGUAAAUGGCUCAGUUGCAUUAGAUUGGAAAAAGAAAGUAAAAAGAGAAGAGAAUAUAGUGUAUGUACUUUUCUUUAUACAUUUUUUUUAAAAUCAUCCUUCUUUGGAGGAGAUUGAGCAAUAAUUGAUACUAUAUCUGGAGAUCUGUUCUUCUCAUGUAGAAAAUACUUGAAAUAAUUAAUAGAGAAGCAUAUGUAUACUU